ACUACACUUCCCUCCCACUGGUCGGUUACGCAGCGUCAACGGCUAAACUGGCUCGGGCAUAUACUGCAAUAACUGUGCAGCUUCUUGCAAACAGCUGUCUCGCCGCUAGGAACAAAACACUGACGUCUGUGUGCUGCUGACAGCUGACAGAAAUGUCAGAGACCUCCAGCGAUGCGGAGUCCUCCUGUGGCUGGACUAUUAUUAGUAAUGAGGGUUCAGAUAUCGAGACUUUGGGAUCCGAGACUGCAGUGGAGUACGGAGCUGAGCUGUUAGAGCGCCCUCCGGUGGAAGAACCACAGGUGCAGGAUGUUCAGACUUCAGUAUCUGCUGCUGUGUGUGCAGAAGAGAGAACUGCUGAUUCACUGGACAACACUCUGGGAGAACAAACUUUAGAUGAGACACUGAACGCCUCGGAGGCCGGAGACGAAGCUGCAGGGAAAGAGCCCGUGCUGUCCUCCAGCGACCUCUCGGACAUCGUGACCCUGCCAGACUUGAAGGAGGGGGAGCACGCCGAAGUGGAAGAGGAGGCAGCCGCCAGUGAAGAUCUUUACCUCGGCACCUCCUGCAGCAGCCAGUACACCUUCAGUGCUGCAGAGACCGUUUUCCCAGUGCAGCCGCCAGCGGUGACAAACUCAAGCAGCAGCGAGGAUGAGGCUGGACGCAGCGCCAGCACUGUUGUACGAAGACGAAGGUUGAGGAGGAGUACCACAAACACCAUGACUGACCCCGAGGAGGAGACUGUGUUGGAAUCUCGCCCGAGUGAUGAUGAUGAUAAGGGGGAGGAGGAGGUUAAAGAACAGAAGCAGCAGCAAGAGGAGGAGGAGACUGAAGUGAGAAGAGCUGCUCGGGAUGUUGAAGAGAGAGCCCAAAACAGCAGCAUCUUCAAAACUUCUAUCCUCAUCACUCUUGUAAUAGCUGCCUUCCUGUGUUUGGGUCACUUCUACAAGAAAUACGAGAUGAAGAAGAAGCUCUUUGAUUUGGACUAUGUGAUGGACCUUACAUCCCAGGAAGAGUUGUUCGAGUAUGGCAUGGAAGAAAUGCAUGACGACCAAAUUCCAUUGCUCAUGGAGCUUGAGAGUAUUAGGAACAAGAACCAGGAGCUCAUUCUGAAACAGGCUAAUGUUCAGGCCCAGAGAGAUAAGUUGGAAAUGUUGCUGAAAGAGAAAGAGGAGGAGAACACUAACAUGGUGUCUCAGCAGCAGAAGCUUGCAGCUGAGAACCAGCUGCUGAAAAGCUCUCUGCAGCGAGAAGAGAUGUCGUUGUCAGCCUUACAGGAGGAGCUGAAGAGUCUGCGCUCUAAGAUCAGAGAUCUGGAGUCGAUGGGAGCCGGAGCCGACUCGCUGCUGUCAGAAAACCAGAACCUGAAAGAGCAGCUGGAGGAAGAGAAGCAGCUGACCAGAAGCUUCCAAGGCCAGCGGGAAAACAUGAUGGCCGAAGCACAGACGCUGAGAAAGAAGCUUGACAAAGAGAGGAAGGUCACGGAUGAGCUGAGGAGAGAGCUAAGUCGACUGAGAAGUCGACUCCCAGGAGCCGGAAAGGAAUUGGGUUCAGAGGCGGAGGAGCUGCAGUCCCGUCUGAUGGAGCUGGAGAAGAGGCUGAGCUUUGAGCAGCAGCGCUCUGACCUGUGGGAGCGGCUGUAUGUGGAGACCAAAGAGGAAAGAGCCAAAGGAGACACGGAGCCCAAAGUGAAAAAACCAAAGCAUGGCAUGGCGGGAAAAGUGAAGGAGACGUUUGAUGCUGUGAAGAACUCCACCAAGGAGUUCGUACACCACCACAAGGAGCAGAUUAAAAAAGCCAAAGAGGCCGUGAAGGAGAACCUGAGGAAGUUCUCUGACUCUGUCAAAUCCACUUUCAGACAUUUCAAGGAUUCUGCCUCGACCUUCAUCAAUAAAGCCCGAGGGUUUUAUAAACAGAGAAGCAAUGAGAAGAAUACAAGGGAGUCAUGGCAGCACAGAUCCCACAAGCCUCAUCAACGACACAAACACGACUCUGGCCACAACACCCGGAAGUCAGGAGACAAAGUUCAUCAGGACUGGGAGCAAAACACUCACAAAGCCCACAUGAAGGGAUGCUCCGGGGUUUUCGACUGUGCCUACCAGGAAUCCACCAGGCUCUUCAACAAAGCCACAGAGCCAAUCAGAGCCGACGAGUUUCACAAGCUGCUGCAGAGCUACCUGCAGCAGGAGGUCGACCACUUCCACCACUGGAAGGAGCUGGAGAAGUUCAUCAACAACUUCUUCCGCAACGGAGUGUUCAUUCACGACCAGAUGCUGUUCACAGACUUUGUGAGCGGGGUUGAAAACUUUCUCGCAGACAUGCGCAAGUACCACGGCCUCGAUGAUGACGCUUUCGGGGAUGUUGAUGACUACAUCUACAGGCACUUCUUUGGAGAAACAAACACAAAGAGUUACAGCCCGAGUGGGCCGUUUGAAGGACCCGAGGCAGACUCAAAGGAGGAAUCGAGGACAAAGCACGAGCAGCGUAAGCAGCAGCGCGCCCGGUCUCGACCCCAUAGCGAACGCAAGUGGAGCCGAUCAGGAAGAAACGCAGACAGACACAUGGCUGACGUCAAGAUAGAGCUGGGCCCGAUGCCCUUUGACCCCAAAUACUGAAACGAUUUCAGCUAGUUUAUUACAAUGGCUACAAACUUUAGUUGCAAAGUCACCUUUUUUGUUUUUGUAAGUUUGCACAACUUUUGAAUGCUACUGAACGGCCUUCAGCUCUUUGGUGUUUGGUGAAGUAAUCAUUAGGUUGGAGUGGAAGACGUGGUCUAACUACAUGUAACUUGAGUUUAUCUAAGAUGUUAAAUUGAGUCAUUCUUUAAAAUUUGGCUGGUAAAUUUUAGACGGAUGAGCACCUCCCUCUUCAGCCUCAACACCUUCAUUUAAAAACAGCAGAGACUAAAAAAAGGGGGGGCACUUCUGGAUGUUUCUGUGUUCAGUUUGAUGGUUUUAAUUUGCUGCUACACUAACAGCUUUGUGUGAUGUGAGAGCUCACAUGCUGUUUCCUAUCAUUCCACCUUUAACUUAAUUUAACUGGACAGUUUCACUUGUGAUGGAAAAGGAAAAAACUGGAAAAAAUAACAUUUGAGGAAAUGUAACUGUAUAUAAAAUGUUUUUUUUAAAUUGAUGAAAAUUUAAAUUGAUGAAAAUGAAUGACAAGAUUUAAGUGUAAAAUAUUUAUUUCCAUUUGAAAAAGAAAAAAACCCCACAUGUUUUGCCAUAAGGACAGAAAGUUGCCAUUGUUCCAGUGUUUGUCAGUGCCUUUCAUAAAUAAAGAUGCUUCCUCCGA